AUGAAGAUAGGAACACAUAAUGGAUUCUUUCAUUGUGAUGAGGCACUCGCCAUUUAUAUGUUAAAACUUUUACCCGAAUAUAAAGAUGCGGAGAUUGUGAGAACACGUGAUCAAGGCAUCCUAGAUUCAUGUGAUAUUGUUGUAGAUGUUGGAGGUGUCUAUGAUCCAUCCAAACAUAGGUAUGAUCACCAUCAGAAGGAAUUUAACGUUCACUUUGAUGAUAACCAUAAGGUUACCAAAUUAAGUUCGGCUGGAUUAAUAUAUAAGCAUUUUUCUAAACGCAUAAUUAAUGAGAUUUAUGGAGUAAAAGAUAAUGAAACUGUUGACUACAUUUACAAUUCUGUCUAUGAUAGCUUUAUUGAAUCUGUGGAUGCCAUUGACAACGGUGUUCCGAUCUCUGAUGGUGUUCUGAAGUAUAAAUGGAAUACAGACUUGGGAAGUAGGGUAGGCAGGCUGAAUCCAGCUUGGAUGGAUGUGGAUGGAAAUCCGGAUGAAAGGUUUAUGAAGGCAAUAGAAGUAGCUGGGAAAGAAUUUGAACAUUUCGUAACAAAUAUUUUGAAUGUGAUACUUCCAGCAAAAACUUGUUUUGAGGAAGCAUUUAGCCGCCGAUUCGAAACACAUAAAUCUGGGAAGGUUAUCGAACUAACAAAGUCUUGUCCAUUUUCUGUAGGUUCUGUUCCAUUACUCUAUAGAUGUAUUGAAAUUAGGAGUUUCUAUAUAAAUAUGAAGAAGAUAACAGUGUGCCUAAAGACGAGCGGAUUCUAUUUUACAUGUCACUUGACAAAGCAUCCAACAAUUGGUACUGCCUUUCCUAUUUAG